AAGUUUUAAUGUCUUUGUGAACUUUUAUGUAUUUGUCAAGUUUAACGAAAGUUGAUGUAUUCAUUAUGAAUAUAAGAUGUCGAAUUCAAAAAUUUCGGAAAAAUAUACAAAAUUCGUGUCAUUCAACCGCGGGACAUUAUUAAAGAAUUGUGAAUAAUAUCUUUUGAAAGAUGUGGUUUUUGUUUGCAACAUACAGCAGUACAAUAAAUCAGUUUUCUCACCGGAGUGUGUCUUAAAGGUUUAUGAGGACAGAGUGCUAAUAAAACUGGAAAUAUUUUCUGGUGCGUUAUUGUAACGAUAAUUGCGAACCGUCAUCUGUGUUGAAAAAUGACUCUAACUUUAUAUACUGCUACGUUUAUUCUGGUGUCAUUUUGCGGAGUUGUCGCUCUUGAUGCCGUAACGUUGUUUCCUCAUGAUGGCGCCACCUCACUGACCGUCAUUGAUGAUUCUUUGGAAGAGGUUUCUCUGGCUCAGCAGGCUUUCUUCCAUGGAUCGCCUCGUACAACGAUAUAUAUAUCAGAAAAUGGCAUGGUGACGUUUGAGGAUGGCUUUUACGGAGGAAUCAGUCAUCCACUUACCAAACCAUGGAUUGCUCCAUCCGGAGCUGACGUAGUCGGGAACGCAGGAGAGCUGAAGUACGAAACAUUUGACACGGCAGGUUCUACAGAGCUUACAAAAGCAUCAGAUUUAGUGAAUGAAGUAUAUACAACUGACAAUUUCCAGGCUUCGUUUGUAUUUGUGGUCACAUGGUAUAAUGUCAAGAUUGACAAUGGAAACAGGGUAAACACGUUCCAGUUGGCACUAUCUUCAGACUCGUCAACUAAAAGGACAUAUGCGAUAUUUUUGUAUGAAAACGAAAUCCAAUGGUACCCAGAAGAAAUUGGUGCAAGUGCUGGAGAUAAUACGUCCUUUUACCAUGUUUGUGACGUGGGUUAUAACGGAAUAACUUCCUUGAGAAAGAAGUCCAAUUCCCAGUGCGGCACCGAAGGUGUUAUAGUGUUCCGACUCGACCAGAGUACAUGGACUCAAGAUGGUAACAUGUGUACUCGAGUGUAUAGAGUAUUAUCGUGCAGAGCAAAACCUGGUAUUCCUGAAACGAACAGGGAUUUGAGAUGCAAUGCGAAUAUAUCAUGAUCGAACUAGCUUGUCUGUGUAGUUGUGUCGUCAUCAAUGUUUAUUUCAUUUGUCUUUCAUUCAAAUGUUUUGAUACACAUAAAGAU